CAAUAAAUAGAACUGUUCAUUGAUACAUAGUUAAUUGAAAAAGUAUGUUAAAGUAAAGGAUAAUUGUAUUUAUAAGCAAAAUGCCAAAAACAUUGUGUAAAGAGCUUAAGAAGCACGGUAAUUCAGCUCAAAAAUUGGUAUUUAUGCUAAGAUUAAAAAUUCCUAAAAGGAUGUCUAGUAAGUUUUACCAAAGAGAUACUUCAGUAUGGAUUUAUAGAGCAGCAAUUGUUGAUGGAAUGACACUUUAUGAGCAGGAUGGAGUGUUCAUACAUAUCAAUGUUAACACGCACACAUCAGACAAAAAUGCUCAUCUGCCUGGAAAAAUCUACCUUCUACAAAAGCCGGAAGGCACCUUUGUAGAGUGGAAGGCAGAGGAGCUGGUGUCAGUGGACAGUCACUCAGAGCAGGACUGGGCCAUGAUCAGCAGUGUGGGGUACCAGCCUGACAGGGGGUCAGACACCGCUAAUGACCAGAGAAACGAGAGGAAGCGCUACAAUGUGAGCUUUGACGUCCUUGACCUGAAGAGUUUUAAGCGCAGCGCGCCCAAUCACGGCUGGGCGUACAUCAUCUUCAUACUGAAGGAUGGCACCACCUAUCCUGCCGUGCACUUCCACAACGGAGGCAGCAAGGCUCUACUGAAGCAACUCGAGAAAUUUGUACACAUUAGAAGGUCGCCCACAGACAGCCGACUGUUCAUUGUACAGGACCAGGAUCCCCAGGCCCUCUCCAUGUCCUUUGAUGAGCUCAACCUGUUCCAGGACACGCAAGGCGAUCUUGUCACGAAAUUUAUGAAAGAUCCGUACACAGCGACCAUGGGCGGUUUCUCAAAGGUCACGAACUUCCUCCGGGACGUGUUAAUGCAGGAGGACCCGAAGUCCCCUGUUGAGAAGAUCAAGGACAUCAUCCAUGAGGACAUUCCUGGCAUGGAGAUCAACACAAAGGAGGAGCCUGGAUAUGAACUCGUGUCAAAGACGAAGCUUCCAAGCCGACCAGAAGUAAAGAGGGGCGACCCACUGACCUCCCAGCAGUGGUCCAAGCACAUGGACAAGGAGGGGCGUAUAAUAAACAUUGAUGAAGUAAAGGAUCAAAUAUUCAGAGGGGGUAUUGAGCAUGCCUUGCGUGUGGACAUUUGGAAGUUUCUACUGGGCACAUAUGAAUGGGAUUCCACAUUUGCAAGUAGAGUAGUAACCCGCAAAAGGAAAUUAGACGACUAUUUCCGCAUGAAGUUGCAGUGGACAACCAUCCGAGUAGAACAGGAGAAACGCUUCUCAACUUACAGGGAUAGAAAGACACUGAUUGAAAAAGAUGUGACCCGCACAGACCGAACACACAAGUUCUUUGAAGGAGAAGGCAACCCAAAUCUGCAGGUGUUGAAUGAUAUCCUUCUGACCUACUGCAUGUACAACUUUGAUUUAGGGUAUGUGCAGGGUAUGAGUGACCUGCUGUCCCCUAUACUGGUUGUCAUGGAAAACGAGGUGGACGCAUUCUGGUGCUUUGCUGGCUUCAUGGAGCGUGUCUGUGAUAAUUUCCAAAUGUCCCAAGAAGGGAUGAAGACACAGCUGUCCCAGAUUCACAAACUGAUGCAAUACACUGACCCGGAACUGUGCAAUUACCUGGAGAGUCACGAUUCGGGCAACUUCUACUUCUGUUUCCGCUGGAUUCUGAUCCUGUUCAAGCGAGAAUUCUCCUUCACUGAUGCAAUGAGGCUCUGGGAGGUGAUAUGGACGGACCGGCCAUGUAAGAAUUUCCAUCUGCUGAUAUGCCUGGCCAUCUUGGACACGGAGAAGACCACUUUGAUGGAGAACAAGUUCGGACUUACAGAGAUAUUAAAACAUAUCAACGACAUGAGCAUGGCGAUACACCUUGAGGAGACGUUAAUGAAAGCUGAAGGAAUAUACUUGCAGUUAAAAAACGCAAAACAUUUACCAGAUAACGUGAAAGAAAUCCUUGGCUUCCCAACUUCCUCUCCGUCCAGUUCUGGUUCCGCACCAAGUUCCGGAAAGACAACCCCGGUUAAUGCUGAUAUUCGUGCUUCCCCGAUCCCUUCAAGGUCAAAUACACCAGUCUCCGUUCCCCUGACAACAGUGGGCUAUGGAAAAGGGGCCAGCGCUCGUUAUCAACCAGUCAACACAAGUGAAAAUGGACAGAAAUCGUCGUCAAAUGGCUUAAGUGGUGAUGAAAGUAUUGAAAUUCUGCCGGACUCGAGUUUCAGUUCUUUCAGUAACUAUAGUUGAAUCAAAAGUAGUAUGUGGAUAAGUGGAUACCAUGGCUAUGUGUAAGACAUAAUAACUAUCGCCACUGACUUGGACUAAGGUUGAAAGUACGUCUGAACCUCUCUCUGGGAAAGCCAGGCUUAAUGACUGUGCGUAGAGUGUUUUCCCAAGAUUUGCCUCUGUAGUGUGCACAGGCUAAUCAGGGACAACACUGUCACGUAAACUGGAUUAAAAAAAAAAAAUCCAUAAAAGCUAUAAGUGCUGUCCCUUAUUAAUAUUAGCCUUUGCAGACUGCACAGGCUGGUCUGGGAAUACACUUUAGACACAUGUUUUAGCCCCAUGUUCCCAGAGCAUGCCUCAUUAAUGUAAGUAUUCUGAGUGCAAUGGUUCUAGAGCUGCUUUGCCUAUUGAAACAGAUUGGAAUCUACUUUGUUGUUAUAAAAACAAUCAUUGCACCAAAAGCUAUCAAUUAAAGUGGUUAUAUUAAAUUCAUAGAUUAUGAUUCACAUGAACAUUAUGUAUUGAAUUAUAAGUGCUAUUCUCUUGCAUUUUUGCAAAUGCUUAUUAAAUGGUAUUGAUGAUAUGCACAUAAUUAGCAGUCAUAUAUAGUAAACCAGUAUGACUCAAAAUUGUAUCUUCUACAACUUAUCUUUUUUUUGCCUCUCACCAUAUCUAGUACAAAAAUGUUCCUACAGUUACAGAGAACACUGUGGCUAUGAUGUAAUGAUUAUUUUGUUGUAUUAUUUAAACCAUGUUUAUCAACUUUUGAUCAACUAACAAUCAAUUUAUGGAAAGGGAUUCUUUAUUCAUAGGAUAUAUCUUGUUAAAAACUUGUGUUCUGCAAAAUGUGUUUGUUUGAGUUCAGUCAGAAUGAUAUUUGUUACGAACCUUCUGAAUUGUUUUUUAUGCCCCCAGAAGGGUGGCAUAUAGCAGUUGAACUGUCCGUCUGUCUCUGUCCUUCCGAAAACUUUAACAUUGGCCAUAACUUUUGCAAUAUUGAAGAUAGCAACUUGAUAUUUGGCAUGCAAGUGUAUCUCAUUAAGCUGCACAUUUUGAGUGGUGAAAGGUCAAUGUCAAGGUCAUCCUUCAAGGUCAAAAGUAAAAAAUAUAAUCCAAGGGAAGAAAUAAGCUAUAAAAGGGAGAUCAUUUCUAAACCUGCCAUAUGAUAUAUUAAAAUUAUAUUUCAAAGCGUCGCAAUAGGGGGCAUUGUGUUUCUGACAAACACAUCUCUUGUUUAAACAAUAAAUAAAAUAAACAAAAGUGAUAUGUUUGAAUGAUAAAUUCAAUUCAAUUUCAAACUAAAAAGCAUUCCUUCUGAGUUGCUUCAUUGAGGCAUAAAAUAACAGUAGUGAAGCCGCCAUCUCAUAUUACUACUUGAAAGCAACUCAUUAUUACUAUCUGUGUUAUUAAAAAUCUGGUCAACAAGCAUGACCAGUUACAGCAGUGCAAGGCAUGACCAGUUACAGCAGUGCAAGGCAUGACCAGUUACAGCAGUGCAAGGCAUGACCAGUUACAGCAGUGCAAGGCACGCAGGGUUGCGUUAAUGUUGAUCACUAUGGUACAUACAGGCACAUUUAUUUAUUAUGAAUGGCGUGAUCAGUUUAUGUUGAAAAACAAAACAUUUUUUUCCCUUUCUGUAAUUGUUUUUAAUUUCGAAAUAUUCACUGCAUUUGUUGAUUUGUAUUUCUGGUAUUUUAUUACAAAUACAAGAAGAAUCUUUCUAAUAAUUAUAAUGUAGCAUAAAAUCAAAAUGAGCUUUUUUAAAUUUUAUUUUGGAUGAUUUAAUAUGACAAGAGUACACUGUAAUAAAUGUUGAUAACUGUUAAACAAUGUUUGCAUCUUGCAUUAAUUUUUUAAAAUAUUAGUGCACAUAUUCCAGUUAGCAAGAUUAUUUUGAUAAAAAGAGAAUACAUGGGUGGUGCCGAAAUGGAGAAAAUUUAUCCGGUGAGGCUUAGAAAAAGAAAAUAGGGCGAGCUUUAGCAAGCCCUAUUUUUCUUUUUCGGGCCGAACCGGAUAAACUUUCUCCAUCUCGGCACCAACCAUAUAUUCUAUUUAUCCUGUUUCAUGCCGUUGACACAUUUUAUCAAAGACAAUUGAUAAAUUGUCAUUACAAUAUAAUUAUUCUUGUCGAGCCUCCUACAUGUACACAACAUUCCAUAUGACCGAAUAACUACCGAUUGUGUAACGUAAAAAUAGUUCAACUUAAAACUAUUAAUUUUAAUACUUUCCUUUUGAAAAUAUGCGAAGAAAGUAAAAACGAAUCGGGAAUGUGAUCUUUUUCUUGGUUAAAAUGAAAAAAAUGCAGCAUCAAAACAAAAACUAAAUUUUAUUUACCUUUAUGACAACUUUAAUCCGUUGCUUAUAACAAUACAUUUACAACAUUAAUGAACGACAAACACACAAUCCGAAAUACGUGUAUGAUAUUUUCAAUGCUUUAAAAAAUAUUUAAAAAUACUGUUAAAACCACCAUGUCAAAAUUGUUGUCACUAAAAUCCUGAGAGAAACUAGAUAGUAUGUUUCGUCAGAGAAAUGACGUCACACUGUAGUAGAUACGUCAUAAAUUGCGUAAUAAAGGAGAUGAAAAUGAUAAAUACGGAAAGCUGGUUUGGUAAUAAAUUUUAAAGAAGAAAAAAGGAUGAUAUAUUAUAUAACGAUAACAUUCAUGAUGCGUCCCUAUAAAUUUCAAAGAUCAAAUAUUAGAACAUGUUUAUCGUCACAGCCUGCGUAGGAAUACACUACUUCCUGUUGACCGGAGAUAGGAAAAUUUAUUCGACCCUGCUUUAUUCGGUCAAUGUUUGCAACAGAAGCAGGAUAAAUUGAAUUAUUAGAUUUCCAUUUAAUUGUUGGUAUACGACCCAGUGAGGAUCCAUUUAGAUUAAUUGAAAAAAGAACAACUUAAAAUGCUUAUAUGUGCAAUUUAGUUUUUUAAAUAAUUUUCUUUGAUAUGUUUGUCACAUUUCAUUGCAAGCUACAUACGAGCCUCAUUCUGGGAAAACUGAGCUUAAUGGAUGUGCAAAGUGUCGUCCCAGAUUAGCCUGUGUAGACCACUUAAUGGAUGUGCAAAGUGUUGUCCCAGAUUAGCCUGUGUAGACCACUUAAUGGAUGUGCAAAGUGUUGUCCCAGAUUAGCCUGUGUAGACCACUUUAUGGAUGUGCAAAGUGUCGUCCCAGAUUAGCCUGUGCAGACUGCAUGGAUGUGCAAAGUGUCGUCCCAGAUAAGCCUGUGCAGACUGCAUGGAUGACACUUAAUGCCAAAACUUGAUUUUUGUUUAUAAGGGCCCAUAUUUACAAUAGACAAAAAACUUCAAAAGGGGAAAUUGUCGUCCCUGAUAAGCCUGUGUUGACAGCACAGGCUAUUCUGGACAACCCUUUCAUGACCAUGAAUUAACCCCAAUUUUCCCAGAACAAGGCCUCAUAUAGAGAGUGCAUUUAAAUAAACAAAUUCAACUCAUUUUGACCACUUUUCUAUGUUAACUUUGAUAUAUCAUUUUCAAUUGUUCACUAAUAUUAUUUUUGUGUAACAUUUCUGUAUAUACCUGAUAUUGUGAUUUCCUUGUCAAUCAUGUCCCUUAUGCCUUUUUAAAGAUAUUCUUUGAAUGUCAGAUUGUUUUUUUUUGCUGAGUAAGACCAUACAAUUCAAGGGUCGGUUUUAUUCUGCUUAUUCGCCGAUUUGCAUCAGUAUAUUUUUUGCAAAAUUGCAUGAUAAAAAAAAAGCAUACAUUCAAGUAAAAAACAAACAACUACAGAUAACAAAUUGACAUGUUUGCCAGCCAAAUUGCUAGGACGUUGAUUAAAGGAAUGUGAUAUUUAAAAUUGUUCGUAGACAGUAAAUGGUGUUUCUUGGGUAUUGACCUCAACAGACUUGUAUGUAAAUCCUUCAGUGAUCUUUCAAUAGCUGAUGUGUUCAGGGAAAGUAUUGUCAGUGCUUUGCAGAAAAAUUUGCAAAACAGCAGUAUGAAUGUUCAAAUAUAACACCUUUGAUUCUGGUUGCAUGCCACAGAAAAUAUGGCCAUGAGCAAAUAUUAAGAUAUUUUAUAUUAAACGAUGACUAGUUACGUGAUAAAAUGCAACAAAACAGCACUGAGAAUGACAGGAGGGAAGUACAAUAUAACCGAUAAAAUUACAUUAUGAAAUUUAUGCCUUUUGUGCUGAAAUGUGUGAGUUCAUUAUGCAUUGUCAUGCUAUAUAUAUUUGGUUUGUUACGCAAGUUUUAUAUAAGAUGUAUUUUUUGAAAAUUAAUUAUUAUUGCUUAUAUUAUAUUUAUUAAAUAACUUAAUUAUUUGUUUAUUUAUAACUAAUGUGAUUUUCUGCUAUAUAAAAAGUAUCAAAACACAAAUAAAUUAGAAAGUAAUGCGCACUAUGUUUUAUGUGUUUCACCUUAAAUUUUACAUGUACGGUAUACAAAUGAUACUAUCAAGUAAGUUGUCAUAACAGCAGUACUUUAUUGAGGAUUGCAAAUGUGAUGGGUUGUGUGUGAUAAAGUUUAAGAACAAUUUAACUUUGUUAAUAAUUAUCAAUUAAUUACAAUUAAUUGUGGA